GGUUGAAUCUCUUCGAAGAGGUAAGAGACAACGACGUUCAACGCGAAAAAAAGGCGUUAAGCCAGACAAGAUGAACAUUUAUAUGCUGUUAGUUCUGAUGACUGUUUUGGGCACCGGUGAGUUUGUGGUAUGACGUUUGGUUAAAACAGGGUUUUAAUUUCAGAACACAGUUUGUAUUAGCUCCGAAAUUGAACACCUAUAUUUCAGUUGAAAUAGUGUACCUUGGUGCACUGAUAUUCGUGAGGAAAAUUUGACCAUCUUGAAAUCCUUUUACUAUGUCAAAAUAGGCGCAAUUAAGCUUUGCGAAAUAUCCAUGGUUGAAUCGGUCGAUUGCGGAUGGAUGUGAUAGAGAUCAGGGCCGGGUUGUUGAAAGCUGGUUAAGAUAACCAAGGAUUAGUGUGAAACUGAUUUCAGAUCUGAAAGCUUUAUAAGAAAAUUCAGUCGAAAUUAUUUUUGUCUAGAAUACGACUAUUUGAUGCUAUCAAAAGAACACAGAAAAUUAUCCCAAAAAAGAUUUUGAAUAAAGGAGUAAAGAAACCCAGAUUGCAAUUUAAUCUUGGGUUAGCGCUAAUCGACCUUCGAACAGCUGGGCCCAGAACUGUACCUUCUCUAAAGAAUUGUGAAAAAACUGUUUAGAGGCUGGUCAUUAGAAGCUUGCAUGUAUGACGGUAAGUAAGUUGUACGCACCCAUUUCGAAGCAAAGGCUGUUAUGCGUGCAAAACUCUGAUCACAGUAGAGAGGUUGACACCAGCAUAAAGGACUAGAAAAUAAGCAUUCACUGAUUUAGUUCAAAUGCGCGCGGAAAUCUUUCAUUUGAUUUAACUGAAAAUCAUCAGGGAAACAUUAAUUGUGCGUUGCGCGGUGACUGGUAAUCAUGGUAACGAACACAACAAACUCAAGCAUCAACUUUGUCUAAAAGUUGGCUAGACUUUCAGUGUCCAUACACAGAAUAGUGACGAAGUGCAGUUCUGGCGCAUUACACUGAAGCAACUAAUUCUUUGUCGAGGACAAAUGCUUGAAAAUCGAGAUUUUCGGCUGAAAGAAGUUUCUUGCGUUUUUCGGCAGAUGCUAGUCGUUAUCAAUCAUUUAAGAAAUGGAAGGACUGACCCCUGCUGUUUCUCAGAUCAUUCAACAAUUGGCUCAUACUUCAGCGUGCGUUCAUCGAGAUAUAAAGCACGCGGAAAGUUUGGAGAGCACGAAAGAUGAAUAAGAGUUGCUCGAAGCGUGGCUGCGAGCAACUCUAGCUUCUUGAGUGCUCUCCAAACUUUCCAAGUGCUUCAUACCUCGAUAAACGUACAGCUGACGUAUGAACCAAUUGUUUUAUAACAUUUUCAACCCGAUGGUUUAAAUGUUGUAAAAUUUUUUUUCUCGAGGGAUUUGUUUGCUGACGUCAUGAGCGUGCGCAGUAGGAAUAGUUUAAAUGUUCUAAAAUUUUUUUCUCGAGGGAUUUGUUUGCUGACGGCAUGAGCGUGCGCAGUACGAAUGGUUUUAAUAUUGUGAAAUUUUUUCUCGAGGGAUUUGUUUGUUGACGUCAUGAGCGUGCACAGUAGGAAUAUGAAGCACGCUCACGUAAUUGAAUUUGAUUAGACAAAUUUACGCGGUAUGUUAUAAAACUACUUGCAUUUAAAGUGAGAGAAAUGAACAUGGGUAUUUCCCUUUUUAUGCGGCCAAUUUUCGAGCUUUAAAUACCAGCCGUACUUCUAAUGCGGUUCUUACAUACUCCAUUUUAGCUUAUCAUGCACUUUUCACAAGUGAUAUUGUAAACCAGUUGCUGCUCGGUGGUGCCUGAGGAAUUCCAACUGUGUUCGGAAGCGAUAACGAAAAUCUCCUAAAUGCGACUAAAACUGAAAAACACAAGCGAUAACGAAAUCUCCCAAAUGCGACUAAAUGCCACUAAAACUACGAAUACAAACGCGAAAAAAUCGUACGCGUAACUUGCUUACGACUGAUUAACGUUAAAUGUCUCAGCGCGGGCGCGCCAAGUGCACGACACGCCAGUCCGGUACUUUCUUCUUAACAAACUGAGUCACCUGCAGAUUAUUUUCAGAAUGCUGUGCACAAUUUUGAUUGAAACGACGGGCCCGGGGUAUGAUUGCUUUUAGCUUCCUCACUGUAGGGGUGUAUUUAGCACAGUGAAUAAGAUUACUCAAUCAAAGAACUCGAUAAUCAAACAAAAGCGAAUACAAGCAGCACCUCAUUUAUUGGAAUCAACACGCAAACUGACUUCUAAAAUCGUUUUUUGUCCAUACGCGUAACCCCAAUGGAACAACUUUUGGAAAAAAAAUAGUCAUGCUAUCGUUCAAUCAUUGCUUUUCAAUUCAAACUCGCCCCCCAUUAGAGAACUUCUUAUGUGCCGGUCAGGGAAAAUUUUAAACUCACAAAGAGACUUCACGUCCAACAAAACAGGCAUCUGUCGCAGACAUAGAUUCGUUUAAAUUUAACCUUUCAAGUUUUCACCUUAUUCACAUCUCUCCACACUUUCAAAAAUGUCUCUAAACAUUUGAUAGUAAACCGUUUGUUUCCUAAUCAUUAAAACUGGACAGAGCCAAAGACAAAACCGUUUGUUCUACUUUCCUGUUACAGGUCAUGGCCUUAAGUGUUUUAAAUGCGGUGGUAAAGAGGCCGACUGCACCAAGAAAAUAUUUGAAGGGAACAAAACAAAAUACGUAGAGAACUGUUCCACUGGUCAGGAUACGUGCAUGAGGACCUGGGGCCAAAAGGAGGAUGAUGACAACAGCUACGUCUCCAGCAUGUGCAUGGAAAAGCAAGCCUGUAAGGAUUUAGAAAAGAAGUGUGAAGAUAAGGAGCUGAAAGAUGAAAAUGACAAACCGUUGAAGUGUGCCGUCGCCUGCUGUAGCACAGACGAAUGCAAUGGUAGCUCCGAAGUCUACUUCGGCGUGACCUUUUUGGCCGCCUGUUCUAUCUUCGGCCUGGCACUGAUAAAGUGAAGUAGACGGCAAGGCGCUUUUAAAGCAACUCCAUUGGUAGUAUCCUAUACGUACACAUCAGGUGCAAGUUUUUUAGUAGUCUAUCACAAAAAUUUUGAAGGCAUCAUUCAAAAUUGUCAGGUUGUCUUAAUAAAGCUUUUGAUUCUGCACAGAAAAUAC